CCAUGAUAUCGCCCUCUGCAAAUGGCAACCCGUGAUGAAAUAUACCGACUCUCAUAACCCACAAAGUUAGUCCGGCCCCAUCAUCGUUACAUAAAUAAAGAUCCAAGCUUUGAGUACGGUUUAUCCGAUCGGGGGACCGGGCUGAGAUUGAUCAUCGACACGUGACAGGUCGGACAGAAGCGGAUCUAUUAAUUAAAAAAUGGGAAACGUGGUGCAAGCCGCUUCUUCUACUACACUUCCUCCGAUGCCGUUCAUGCCACCGGGUUACGAUGCAAAACGGGAUGCAGAAAGGCAGGACCCGAGAAGCAUGUUGUAUGAAUCCAACAAUGAGGUUGUCAGUGAGGCUAAGAUCGAAAACCCGGGUACCAUUGAGGAUCUUCAUAAAAAAUGCAAAGAUAUAUUUCCUAUGAAUUUCGAGGGUGCUAAAUUGGUAGUUAACAAAGGAUUGAGCAAUCACUUUCAUAUCUCGCACACUAUUAACAUGGGUAAUGUAGUACCAUCUUGUUACAGAUUUGGUGCUACUUAUGUGGGUACAAAGCAGGUUUCACCUGCGGAGGCUUACCCGGUAUUACUGGGUGAUAUUGACCCCAGUGGAAAUCUCAAUGCCAGUAUUCUCCACCAAUUUGGCUCAAGGCUUAAGACGAAAUUUGCGGCGCAGGUGCAGAGAAAUAAAUACACCGCUGUGCAAUUGACGUCCGAUUACCGCGGUGACAAUUUCACUUUUUCGGCGACGUUAGGCAACCCGGAUAUUAUAAACAAUAGUGGUGUCAUGGUCUUGCAUUAUCUCCACAGUGUAACACCUUCGCUCGCCUUGGGUGGUGAACUCGCGUAUCAACGUGGAGCUGGUAUACCAGGAGGACAAGUUGCGUUAUUGUCUGCCGCUGGCAGGUACACGCACGGCAACUCGACCAUCAGUGGCAGCAUCAGUCCGUCCGCUUGCCACCUGUGUUUCCAUCAACAAGCCAGUUCACAAGUGCAAGUGGGUGUGGAGUUGGAGAUCAACGCGCGAAUACCGGAGUCAACGGCUACUCUUGCCUAUCAAGUCGAUCUACCGAAGGCAGAUUUAGUGUUUAGAGGUAGCAUAGACACGAAUUGGAUAGUAGGAGCGGUCCUUGAAAAGAGGCUGCAACCGUUACCAUUCUCGUUCGCGCUCAGCGGUGUGAUCAAUCACUCCAAACAGCAGUUUAGAUUGGGCUGCGGUUUAAUUAUCGGUUAAGACCGAUACGUAUAUGUGUCAUUCACGAGAUACGCAUUCGGAAGAAAUCUGGGUCGUUCCGCUUUCCGUGCAGUCGGACACAGUUACGUAAUUAGGAUUCACGAAUGCCGUAUUCUAACCACGGUUACGUAAUGAAGAUCCAUAAACGCCACAUCGAUCCUUUUCCGACCUGAAUGAUUGUCUGACGUUUGAAUUGGAGAUGCAGCAUUGUGCGAAGUGAUCGGUUGGUUUGAUUAAAAGUCAGAAUUCCAGGACUCAGCAUUUCUCUGUUUCGCUCUGAGGCUCCCGGCCAACCUCGCUGCAGUCGUCUUAUGACGUCAGAAGCGAGGAAACGCCGAAAAUUCUCGCGGUUCGAUACAAAAAAAGAGGUAUACCCACGAAAUGACAUGUUUGUGGCCGAUUCAGCACACUUGUAAAAUAUUCCGAACACAUUUUCUGCCCUACCGAUUAAUAAAUAACUGUAAAAUUAACAUGCGAUGCAUCCUUCCUUUUUAAUCUAUUUUUUUUUCUCAUGAUCCGUCGCGUUAAUUUUACAGAUAUUCGUUGAUCGUUCGAGCAAAAAGAACGCAUUCGGAACGCGGAGUAUUUUAUGAGAUUGUUGAAUCGAUCACAAGUGUGAUUUCGUGAGUAUAUCUUUUCAUUUGAAUACCGCAAAAAUUCCAGGCAUAGAUCCCCUCACUUCUGACGUCAUCGAACAGGACGACUGGCAGCGAGGAACCAGGAGCCUUAAUACACUGUCCCUAUCUGUUUUAGUUUUGAUGUAACAGACUUUUUACUUGUAUCAUGAAACGAUUGCACAUUCGACUUCAUUUUCACGAUGAUCUCGAAAAUUUUGUACAUGUUAAAUGUUUGUGUGCGUAACUAUUGUCACAACGAGUUGGAACGAAGGCUGUGGAUCGAAAUCUUCUGGACGGAAUAAAAUCAAUCGAGUAGGCCAUAA